AUGGGGAACAGCUCUUCCAAGGAUGAGCGCCGACAGGCCAACGCCAACCACCAGACCCCAACACGCCAGUCAUCCGCACAACAGCAGCAAACAUCGGCCGAUCGACUCGCCGCCAGCAUCUAUGCCGUGAGGAACGCAAGUGCACGAGGAAGUCGGCAUGACAUCUCCUUCCUACACCUUGGCCGCGGUGAUCGAGAGCGAGAUGCAGAGACCACUGCGCCGGAGCGGCCGCGGGAAACGAAGCAGGAGCGCGAGGCGAGGAGAGCGGAGAGGGACCGUCUGGCACGUCUCAAGGAGCGGGAGCGGAGCAUGGCAGAGGAACACGUCGAUGGAGGCUAUCUCGUCACCGUCGGCACAUAUACCGGCCCCGAGGAUUUCAACAAGGCAAUUGUGCGGCAGCUCAUGAUUGAGAGGCGACUGGCGCCGUUUUGGAAGGGAUUGGAUGAUCACAGCGAUUCGUGGACAGAAGCACAGCUGUUUGCCGCAGCUCGAGGUCUACCUAUACCAGCGCCAGAUGAGGUGCCUCCGGAAAUGGCGCGCACCAUCUCCCAGGCUUCCGCAGACCCUCCCACGAUGGAAACAAACAUCAACACUCUGACUGUACCCAUCACCUCUCGCUCACAGUCAUACCAGUCAGAUCGGUCGGCGUCCCUAUCUGCAUCCCAUCCGGCCUUUUCAAACACCCCCGGUUUGUCGCCACCCUCGACUCCCUCCGCAUCAAACCUCUUCCGGGGUCGUGCAAAGACUCUUGCCUCAUUUGCCAGUGGUAAGAGCCAGUCGGCGGACGCCCCACCCCAGGAGAUCCGUCUGCCCAACGACAAUCGCGUCAACGGUCAGCAGUUGGAAGUCUACCUCUACAAGGAUCCCGUCGAGUGUCCCAUCUGCUUUCUCUACUAUCCUCCUUAUUUGAACAAAACGAGGUGCUGCGAUCAAUACAUCUGCUCCGAGUGCUUUGUACAGAUUAAGCGCCCUGAUCCACAUGCGCCAGAGCAUGAGCAGCCUGGCCAGGAGCGUCCACCAGAAGAAGAAGCUGAAUUGCUGGUCUCUGAGAUCGCCUCCUGUCCAUUCUGUGUCACGCCCGAGUUCGGCGUGACAUAUGACCCGCCACACUUUCGGAGAGGCCUCGCAUAUGCACAUCAACAAUCCAAUGCGCUACAAAACCCAACUUCUGCAAUGUCUUCCUCAUCCUCUCUCACAUCUGGUGUUCCCGCAGGAGGACGUCGGCGAGCAACUUCGGUGUCUGCCAACGCUUCGAAUGUUGUCACAACAGAUCGCGUGCGCCCAGACUGGGCAAAGAAGUUGGCGGACGCAAGAGCCAAUGCGCUUCGCAGAUCCGCGGCCGCCACUGCUCUCCACAACGCCGCAUAUGUGCUUGGGAAUCAGGGCGAUCGACAAACGCGCAGUGGUAUAAUCGGCCGACGGCGGAGAACUUUGAUGUUUGACAGUCCUGGCGCUAGUGGCGUCUCGACACCGAGAGAAGGUGAUGGCAACGCCGGCGAAGUCAACGGCAAUGAUCUUGCUGGUGGACGCAGUAGUUCACGCAGGAAUCGUGUCGAGGAUCUCGAAGAUUUGAUGAUGAUGGAGGCGAUCCGAUUGUCCCUCGAAGCGGAAGAAGAACGCAAACGAAGGGAGGAGAAGGAGGCGCAGAAAGAAGCAAAGAAAAAGGCCAAGUCUGACAAGAAGGAAGAAAAGAAGGCGGAGAAACUUGAGCGGAAGCGUGGCGGUAGUGCAUCUCUUCAUCAUGCCCCGACAAACGACAGCAGCAGCAGUACAUGGGCAAGCACAAGUAUGGCGCGCUCUACCAGCAACCUCGGCGCGCAACCGUCCAUACGCGAGGAAGAAGACCGCACCCAAGGCAAGGGUAAACAGCCGGCGCAAGACUUUGCUGGCUUCAACCCCCUCACUGAGCCAACUUCAACGCUCARCAGGGGCCCGAGUGAGAACAAGUCAGCCUCCCCACUGUCAUCGCCGGCGACGGCCUCUUCUAGAAAUGAGGACUCACAAAGGCAUCUAGAAACGUCACGCGCGAAUCUCCCGCCCACGUCAACGAUCAUCUCGGACUCGGCGAUUGGCCCUAAUCCGCCUUCAACACUUGCACGACAACUAUCCAACUUGUCGAGUGUGUCACAGGUAUCAUCGGCAGCCUCGUCUUCGAUGGGUUCGACGGCAGGCGCGGAGUCGAAUGCAACACCGAAUCGUGGCGGUAGCAUGGAUGCCGCGCCACAUGACACAAACGGUGGCAAUGGUGCUGAGAGCAUGUUCAACUUUGGCUCAUUGGCAGCCAUGGUCGACCACGACAAAAGCCGGAAUGGGGAGCACAUUGAGCGAAUCGAGACUGCCAUCCCUCCGCCCGAGCUGGACAUGCAGCUAAAGGAGCCCAGUCCRGUCGUUUCACAGCACUACAUAACCGCAAUUGAUGGGAGCCGAUCCCGAGGGGAUACCGGCGAAUCCAGCACUUCAGCUCCUCCAAUGUAUGCUGAGCACCCUCCUUUGACGGGACUCGGCACGAUUGGGGAUGAGGAUAUGAUUACCCCAGCACCGAGGAGCGAGUCGGUACAUAUUCCAGACUCUAAGGAAAUUGGGAAUAUGAGUAUCUUGGGUCAAUCACAGAUUGAUACAUGA